GAAUGACGUUUCUACGUUUCUAGUUGCUCUUCUGUCAACUAAUUUGUUCUAACCGUUCUAUCUAUUCUUUUAGAAUAAGUUUUUGUGUACAUUUAAAUAAAUAAAAGUUUUUGUUUAAUACAUUAUUGGAGAAAUGUCAUACGCAUAUUUAUUCAAAUACAUCAUUAUUGGCGAUACAGGAGUGGGUAAAUCAUGCUUAUUGCUCCAAUUCACUGAUAAAAGGUUUCAACCAGUACAUGAUCUUACAAUUGGUGUUGAGUUUGGGGCUCGCAUGAUAACAAUUGAUGGAAAGCAAAUUAAACUUCAAAUAUGGGAUACUGCUGGUCAAGAAGCUUUUCGGUCUAUAACUAGAUCAUAUUACAGAGGGGCUGCAGGGGCCCUUUUAGUGUAUGACAUUACACGUAGGGAAACUUUUAAUCACUUAACUACAUGGUUAGAGGAUGCUAGACAACAUUCCAAUUCUAAUAUGGUUAUUAUGUUAAUUGGUAACAAAAGUGACUUAGAAAGUAGAAGAGAAGUUAAAAAGGAAGAAGGUGAAGCAUUUGCAAGAGAACAUGGCCUAGUUUUCAUGGAAACUUCAGCUAAAACUGCAGCAAAUGUGGAAGAGGCUUUUAUUAAUACUGCCAAAGAAAUAUAUGAAAAAAUUCAGGAAGGGGUGUUUGAUAUAAAUAAUGAGGCUAAUGGUAUUAAGAUAGGUCCACAGCAUUCACCAACAAACCCUUCUUUACCUGGUGCUGGAGGCCAGGGCAGUUCUCAAGGUGGAAGUUGCUGUUAGGGAAAAAUUUGUCACCCUUUUAUUUAAGGGAUUUACUUGCAUAAACAUAUUAACCAUACCCAAAAAUAGUUACAUAAGUUAGUGGUACCUUUUAAUACACAUACCAAUAAUUUAUUGGAAAGGGGAUGUUCUUCUGUUUACUGACUUAAGCCUUUACUUCCAAUUAAACUAAUUUUGGUAAAAUAUUUACAUACACUAACUUAUGUACUAUUGUAUAUUAUUGUGAUUUUUAUUUAAAGUGUUGUAUAUUUGUGUACAAUUAGCCCAAGUACUAUGGAAUAAAAGGUUUUUACUAAAU